AUGACUGAAAAUGCUGUAACGUUUGCAGAAGAAAUUGGUCCAAACUUAAACAUUGUGAGCACACUGAGCACAAUGGAUAAUACAUCUAGUGCUGGCCCAUGCCAACCAUUACCAUCUGAAUUAAAAGACUGUACUUUUCCAAACACUAUUAUUAAUUCAAAAGGACAUGUUAGAUCAUUUCAUGAAUCUUAUUAUUACAAAAAACUUGGAGAUGGAAAAUUUGUUAACCGUACUUGGAUAUCAUACUCAAUAUCUCUAAAUAGAUAUUAUUGCUAUACUUGUAAACUUUUUGGUUUACCUAGAGCAAAACAAAAUUAUUUAGCAAUACAUGGAUCAAAUGACUAUAAAAAUAUUAGUAGAAAUAUAACACAACACGAAGUAUCACCAGAUCACAUACAGAGUGAAAUUGCCCGUGGAUUAUAUAUGAACCAUAAGCGCAUUGAUAUAAACCUCUUGGAAUCCAAAAAUCGACAAGUUGCUGAAAACCGUGAAAUUUUAAAAUGUGUAAUAGAAGCUUUGCUUUUUACUGCAAGACAGAAAAUUGCUCUUAGAGGCCAUAACGAAAAAAUUGAUUCAGCUUAUAGAGGUAAUUUUUUAGAGGUAAUCAAAUUAUUGUCAAUCUACCAUGCACCUCUUAGAUCACAUUUAGAGCAGAUUAAUUCACAGGGUACUCAUAACCGUGUAACUUUUUUAUAUAAUGUCUCUCAAAAUGUAUUAUUGAAUAUAAUGUCUGAUAUGGUUCGUUCAAAGAUAUUACAAGAUGUAAAAAGAUCAGGACUAUUUUCUGUUAUAAUUGACACUACAACUGAUAUAGCAAAUGUAGAACAGUAUACAUUUAUUAUUCGAUUUGUUAGCGAAGAAGGUAAAGUGCAAGAAAGACUUGUAGCUUUAGCUGCUGCACCUGAUGCAACUGGGUUAGGAAUGUUCAAUGUAUUUUGCGAUAUUACAGAAAAAUACCAAAUAAACUGGAAAGAAGAGCUUUUAGGUCAGGCGUAUGAUGGAGCCAACUCCAUGCAAGGUCAGUAUUCAGGGUUAAGAACAAGAAUUCAAAAUGAAAAUCCCCGUGCCGUUUACAUUUGGUGUUCAGCUCAUUUAUUAAAUUUGGUGGUUGUAGAUACUUGUGACUAUUGUACUGAUUCUAAGUCAUUUUAUGGUGAAAUAGCGAGUAUAGUAGAAUUUUUACGUACAAGAAAGCGCACUGCAGUUUUCUUAAAAUAUCAAGAAAUUAAAUAUCCUAAACAACGAAAACGUCGUCUUCAAAGAUUUUCAAACACUAGAUGGACUUCUCAUGAUAGAGUUUUAUUAGUAAUCUAUGAAAAAUUUAAUGCAUUGGUUGCUUCACUAGAUGAAAUUUCUACUGGGAAAGAUUUUGAUAGAGAUUCAAUGUCAUAUGCUAAAAGCUUCAAAAAUAUUAUAACUUCAUUUAAGUUUGUCUUGAUAUUAAUAUUUAUGAGAAAUAUUUUUGCUAUUACUACAGAAGUAUCUAAUUAUUUACAAUCUAUAUCAAUUGAUUAUAUUGCUGCAAUAAAACUAGUUGAUGUAGCAAAACACCGUCUUCGAGUUAUGAGAUCAGAAGUAGGUUGUAUAAAUGUAAUAAAUGAUGCAAAAAUAUUUGCCAAUGAUAAUUGA